CCAGAUGUGGCAACAUCCCGAAUAUGAUUUGAAUUAUUAAUUUCUUUGUCUUAUAAGUCAAUGACGGAUUUAUUGAAGUAGCCAUUACUCAUUUUCGACUUCAAAUUCACAAUCUGUUGUGAAAGAUGGUGUUUUGAAGGGUAUCCUGUUGGCAGGUGGUGGGCUAGUUGAUUAUAUUCCUCUCAUACUGGCAACCAUGCGGCACCACGAAUCUCGGUCUGGGAGCAGCUUGUCAGCGCAUUGAUACAUUGCGAUGGAGGAGGUGGAGUGCGAUGUGGACAUAUAAAUUACCGCGUCACCUGUCAAAGGCACGCCGACUACAUCAUACAUCGCCAGCAUGUGCGCGUAAUAUUUGCACGUGAUUAAUGUUUUGAUCAUCAGAAGUAUUGGCCAUGUCAGUAGCGGGACUAAAGAAACAAUUUCAUAAAGCAAGCCAGCUACUAAAUGAAAAGAUUAAUGGGGCGGAAGGAACCAAACUGGAUGAGGAGUUCCUCAAAAUGGAAAAGAAAAUUGAUGUAACCCAUAAACUGGUUCUUGAACUUGUGCCAAAAACCACAGAGUACCUCCAACCGAACCCAGCUUGUAGAGCCAAACUUGGUGUGCUCAACACCGUCUCAAGGAUCCGUGGGCAGGUGAAGACUGUGGGUUACCCCCAAACAGAGGGGCUUCUGGGAGAAUGCAUGCUCCGCUACGGCAGAGAGCUCGGGGCUGACUCUGCCUUUGGCUGCGCGUUGGUGGACAUUGGUGAGGCGCUGAAACAGAUGGCCCAGGCCAGGGACGUCCUGGACGUUCAGGUGAAGCACAGCUUCAUAGACCCACUCCAGACGCUACAGGAAAAGGACCUGAAGGAGAUCACGUACCACUUAAGGAAGAUGGAGGGUCGGCGGUUAGACUUUGACUACAAGAAGCGACGCAAGGGCAGAAUCAGCUAUCAGGAGCUCAAACUAGCCUUCGAAAAGUUUGAGGAGUCCCGGGAUCUGGCAGAAAGAAGCAUGUUCAACCUUCUAGAGAAUGAUGUGGAGCAGGUGAGUAACCUGUCUGCUCUAGUAGAGGCAGCGUUGGACUACCACAGGCAGUCGUGCCUGAUCCUGGAAAACCUGAGCAGUGUUCUCCAAAACCGAUUAAUUAUUGCAAGCAACCGGCCUAAGAGAGAGUUUAGCCCAAAGUCUGUCACUGGUAGAGGAAGCCACGCUGAAUGCAAUGGAUUCUCCAACACCCCUACCUUACGCAUAUCUGAUAGAGAGUCCCCCCUGGACCAGCCCUGCUGCCGCGCUCUCUACAACUUUGAACCAGAGAACGAAGGUGAGCUGGGCUUCAAGGAAGGCGACCUCAUCAUCCUCACCAACCAGAUCGAUGAAAACUGGUACGAAGGCAUGAUCAGUGGCGAGUCCGGCUUCUUCCCCAUCAACUACGUCAACGUCCUUGUGCCUUUGCCCCAGUGAGAGCAGAGCACGCCACCACGACCAGCCACAUCAUGGACCCACCGCCUCACCACUCACGUCCGACAGAGGUCACAUGUAGACACGGAGCACACCAAUAGGCUGCGAUCAAGGCUGCUGAACAGCAAGAGAUCACUUUCACACGUCUUUUCAAACUAUAUCAGGGGUGGACUAUGGAAUCUGUCUCUGUUAUCGUGUGCAGAGGCCCACAUAUUUAAAAAUAUGCUAAUGAUUGUUGGUUUGUUUACCUAUAAAAAACACAAUGUUUUCCUCUCUUCUCACUUUUGUUCAUACAGUUAUAAAAUAUGAUUGUAGAUUAAUCGAAUUUGUAUUUUAAAAUGUGACUUGAUGUUAGCACUUUGAACACUAAGCGGAUCUUUUGACCCGGGUUUUUAUUAUGCAAUGUGAAUUAAAGUAAGCCAUUAUGUGAACAAUUCCUCAAUUUCUAAGGUAUAUGUUGAGAGAUAAGUCUGUAUACAAUAUAUAUUGUUCAGGUUAUUAAAAUUGCCAUGUAAACAAAAACAACAUAGCAGCACCAUAGUGGAGAUAUCCUUUAUUCUUUAGUCUUUAAUGUUUUGCUUUGGUCAUUUAUCUACUGGAUAAAUAUGGUGCCAAAUAUAGAAACACUUAGAUGAAAAACGCUUUAUUAUUUAUUGGUAUACACCUAAGUAGCCUAGUGUAACAGACAUCAAGGGAGAUGCACCUGUCUCUAUAAUGCACUUCUGAAGCACUGCAAUUGUUAUGUUGUAAUGAAGAGCUAUUUCUUAUAAAUUAAGGUACAUGCAUUGUCACAGUGUGUCUUAAAUGCUUAUUGUUCUAAUAUUAGUUAAUUGUUUGCAAGGUGCCAGCACCACAUAGUUACAUGCUGACUGAUAUCAGAUUUAACAGUAAGCACAUACCCUUUAUGAACUGACUUUGACUGUCUACACUUGAUUUUGUUCUCUUUAAGGGUAAAUAAACGCCAAAAAUGUUACUGAAUAAA